AUGUUGACUCUACAAAUUCUUCUUCUAUUGAUGUCCAUACCAUCUAAUGGGGCGCCGCUAACAAAUAUGGCAAACCCAAACUCAAACUCUGUGACUGCUCAGAACAAUGCGUUGUCCACUCCUCUUACUCCUCUUUCGCACGGCAUCAACUCUACUAGUCCUGGUAGUUACAGAGCUAUUCCUAUUCCAAAUAGAAAACCUAGACGUUCAAACUUCUUUGCAUCACCACUGAGUUCUCUGAAUGCCAGUGGACUCAGUGCGUUUGUUGGUUCGUAUCAGAGAGCUCAAUCUUUCCGGUCCUUGGAACCCAGAAUGAGGGCCUCUAGAUCGUACUUCCAAGACGACGAAGAGUUAAUAGACCCGCACACUCUUGCGCCUUCCCAAUUGGGAAGGAAAAUCAGUGUCGUUUUCAACCAGGUGAACAAACCAGUGUUUGAUAAUUCCACCUUCGACGAGGCUGCCGUGGAUGACACUUCCUUCUUGGACCAAUCAUAUGCAGAUUACAAUCUCUCCAGACAGCCUUCUAUGACAUCCUCCGUACAACAGAGUUUACAGAGAGUUGCCAAUCACGGUCAAUCGCUUGCUAGAAUAAUGACUAACGAUACAGACUCGUUAUUUUUACGUCAGGUCGAAUCCAGAACCGGUGUAAAGGUCACUAUGAUAGCUCCCAGGUCCACUGUAGCACAAACCAUCUUUAACUCUAUCAACGUAUUGAUUGGUGUUGGUUUAUUGGCACUUUCCAAAGCCAUGACGUAUUCUGGUUGGCUCUUUGGAUGUAUCUUACUUGUGUAUUCUGCCAUAAUCACUUUUUGGACUGCCAAUCUUCUCAGUGCUUGCAUGGAUACAGACCCUACACUCUGUACCUAUGCAGAUCUUGGUUACAAGGCAUUUGGUCCAAAGGCUAGACUUUAUAUCUCGAUUCUUUUCUCGGUCGAGCUAUUAGGGGUUGGUGUUUCAUUGAUUGUACUUUUUGCUGACUCUCUCAACGUUCUUUUCCCAGAGAUUAGCACCGUUCAGUUCAAAAUCAUUGGCUUCUGCAUUCUCACCCCACUAUCUUUUCUCUCUCUUCAUGUUCUUUCUGGGAUUAGUUUGCUAGGAAUAAUAUCUACGGUUUCUUUAGUUAUCAUCAUAACUGCAAUUGGAUGGGCGAAACCCUCUUCACCUGGUUCCCUUAUAGACCCUAUGCCAACCUACAUAAUGCCUCCCUCAUGGAUGGAUCUUUGCAUUUCUUAUGGAAUCAUUUUGGGCCCCUUUGGUUCCCAUUCUCUUUUUCCAGCCUUGAAAUCUGACUUGGCUACUCCCAGUGAUUUCAAAAGAUGCUUGAAAGUGACGUAUUCUGUUGGCUUCAUGGCCGAUUCCACCAUGGCCAUCAUUGGUUUUGCCAUGUUUGGUGCUCAUGUUCUCAAUGAGAUUACUAAAUCUGUGCUCGUUACAAAGGGUUAUCCGAGGAUGAUUUACAUCAUGAUAAGUUGCUUUGUAUCGAUGAUUCCUAUCGCUAAGACACCCAUCAAUGCAUUGCCGAUCAUCAAUAUUAUAGAGUACAUGUUUGGCUUAACAUCGCAGCAACUCGAAGAUGCAAAGGUUACAGUAUUCCAGCGUGUGUAUCGCGCUCUCAUUAAACUGUUUGUCAAUGGUAUGUUUGUUUUCUGUGCUAUUCUUUACCCAGAGUUUGACAAGAUUAUAGGCCUAAGUGGCGCCUCGCUUUGCACGCUUAUUUGCAUUGUUCUUCCUUGCGCCUUCUACGUUAAACUCUGCCAUCCCCAAAACAGCUGGGUUUACUAUACAGUGAUGGUGAUAGGAUUAGUUUUGGGCUCGAUUUCUACAUACGCAGCCAUCGUGAGCUGA